UCUACCCGGCUGUCAGUGCUGUGUGAAUGCGUGUGCUCUGAGCUCGCUCGGCACACAUUCUAAAAAAAUAUAAAAAUACAAAAAAAAUUCAAAACAUAAAAAACAAAAAAUAUAUUUUUUUCUUUUUUUUUGUAACAAGUCGGUGACGCUGGAGUAAGACACUCAAGGACCGGACGGUAACGUACAAGAAGAAACAGGCUGCCUAGUAUCGUAUUUUCCAGUCGACGUGUUACCGAGUCAGAAGCGAGGCCAAGUACAGCUGUUUUUUUUUCUGCUUUUAUUUCCGCUUGACACGUUUCACGAACAGUUAUAGUCAUAACAGAAGUCGUUUUUCAACUCUGUCCCCGCGCUAAAUUCGACCCCCGAAAACACCGCAACUGUUCAGCUCAACGCCUGUAACGGCAACGGCAGCCCGUCCGCAUCUCCCCUAACUGACGCGACGUCCGUAGCCGUUAGGAACUGUUAAAGACACUCCAGCUUUCUUCACUCAAACUGAAAACUUUUCUCAAGCUUAGUCCCGGUGCUCCGCUAGAGCCCCCCUCCCCGCGCAGCCGACAGAGAUGAACCCCGGCGCUCCCAGUUACCCCAUGGCCUCGCUGUACGUCGGGGACCUGCAUCAAGAUGUGACCGAGGCGAUGCUGUACGAGAAGUUCAGCCCGGCCGGAGCCAUCCUCUCGAUCCGGGUCUGCAGGGACAUGAUCACCCGCCGUUCCCUUGGAUACGCCUAUGUCAACUUCCAGCAGCCGGCGGACGCUGAGCGUGCACUGGACACCAUGAACUUCGAUGUGAUCAAGGGCAGGCCCGUACGCAUCAUGUGGUCGCAGCGUGAUCCAUCGCUGAGAAAAAGUGGAGUCGGAAACAUCUUUAUUAAGAAUCUUGACAAGUCCAUUGACAACAAGGCUCUUUAUGAUACUUUUUCGGCUUUUGGCAACAUCCUAUCAUGCAAGGUGGUUUGUGACGAGAAUGGCUCUAAAGGUUACGGCUUUGUGCAUUUUGAGACUCAGGAGGCAGCCGAACGAGCCAUUGAAAAAAUGAAUGGCAUGCUACUCAAUGACCGAAAAGUAUUUGUGGGUCGCUUCAAAUCUCGCAAAGAACGCGAGGCUGAGCUGGGUGCCCGGGCUAAAGAGUUCACUAAUGUCUACAUUAAAAACUUCGGUGACGACAUGGAUGAUGAAAAGCUGAGAGAAGUCUUCAGUAAAUAUGGAAGUGCCAUGAGUAUCCGAGUCAUGAUUGAUGACACCGGGAAGUCUCGGGGUUUUGGGUUUGUCAGCUUCGAAAGGCAUGAGGAUGCGCAGAAGGCAGUGGACGAGAUGAACGGGAAGGAGCUGAACGGCAAGCUGAUCUAUGUCGGACGUGCCCAGAAGAAGGUGGAGCGACAGACGGAGCUGAAGCGAAAAUUUGAACAAAUGAAACAAGAUCGCAUGACUCGUUACCAGGGAGUCAACUUGUACGUGAAGAACCUGGAUGACGGAAUUGAUGACGAAUGCCUGCGAAAAGAGUUUUCACCCUUUGGUACCAUAACCAGUGCCAAGGUCAUGUUGGAGGGUGGACGCAGCAAAGGCUUUGGCUUCGUCUGCUUCUCGUCCCCAGAAGAGGCCACCAAAGCUGUGACAGAAAUGAACGGGCGCAUUGUGGCCACCAAGCCUCUGUACGUGGCCCUGGCCCAGAGGAAAGAGGAGCGUCAAGCCCACCUCACCAACCAGUACAUGCAGCGGAUGGCCAGUGUGCGCGCGGUGCCAAAUCCUGUCAUCAACCCCUAUCAGCCGGCCCCGCCCUCUGGUUACUUCAUGGCAGCCAUCCCUCCGGCCCAGAAUCGCGCCACCUAUUACCCAGCUGCGGGUCAGAUGGCCCAGCUUCGCCCGAGUCCGCGCUGGACCACACAGGGUGUCCGACCACAGCACUUCCCCAACAUGCCCGGCGCCAUGCGUCCUUCAGCUUCUCGCCCUCAGACCUUUGGUGCGAUGCGGCCUGCUUCACAAGUGCCCCGUAUGAUGUCCACCCAGCGUGUCGCUCAGGCGAUGGGUCCGCGACCAGCCAGCGCUGCUGCUGCAGCGAACAAUGCUGUGCGUGGAGUGCCUCAGUACAAGUACGCAGCAGGAGUCCGCAACCCUCAGCAGCACAUGGCUACCCAGCCGCAGGUGAACAUGCAGCAGCCUGCAGUCCACGUUCAGGGACAGGAGCCUCUCACUGCUUCCAUGCUGGCCGCUGCUCCUCCGCAGGAACAGAAGCAGAUGCUGGGUGAACGUCUCUUCCCACUGAUCCAGAACAUGCAUCCCAGUCUGGCAGGCAAGAUCACCGGCAUGCUCCUCGAGAUCGACAACUCCGAGCUGCUCCACAUGCUGGAGUCCCCAGAGUCUCUGCGCUCAAAGGUGGACGAGGCUGUGGCUGUGCUUCAGGCCCACCAGGCCAAAGAGACGGCCCAGAAGACAGUGACAAACACUGCUGUUGUUCAAAGUGUCUGAACCCAAGGGAUGGGGAACCUUGAGACCAGCUUCACCGAUGGACAAAAGAAUUUAAGUGAAAAUGUAAAAAAACAGUAAAAAG